AUGGCGCCCCGCGGUCGAGGAGGAAAGUUCAGCAAGCCCACUCGAGGAGGUAAGAGUCGCGUGCAACCUCUGCGGAAAAAAGACCCUCGCACUGAUAGUCGUCAAACAGGAGGCAAACAUUUUAGCAGAAACCUGCAGCCCGUAGAUAAGGAUGGCAAUGUCGUUGGAAUGUGGCGGGAGCCCCAAGAUGUAGUGCCCCAGUCCAGCGAUGAGGAGUCCUCCAGCGAGGAGUCUGAGGAGGAAGAGUCCGGCGAGGGCGAAGGAAGCGAAGACGAAGACGCCGGCCCCAGCUCCGCCGCGGGCGCAUCAAUGACCCGCGAAGAGCGAAGAGCCGCCGCCAAAGCGAAGAAACAAGAAGCGAUUGCCAGGCGAAAGCACACCGCCGCGCAGCCGGGCGACCUGCCACCGAGCGACUCCGAGGCCAGCGAAGACGAAGACCUACCUGCCAACCCGAACCACACGGCCAAGUCCCGCUCGCAGCUGCAGAAGAAGGAGCCCGACGAGAACGCUCCUCCGGCGCCGAAAAAGGCGCCGGCUGAUUUAUCGCAGCUGUCGCGGCGGGAGCGUGAGGCGGUCGAAGCGCAGCAGAGGCGCGAGCGGUAUAUGAAGCUGCAUGCGGAGGGGAAGACGGAUGAGGCGCGCGCGGAUCUGGCGCGGUUGGCGCUUGUGCGCGAGCAGCGCGAAGCCGAGAAGGCAAGGAAGCAGGCGGAGAAAGAGGAGAAGGACGAGCAGGCCCGGGAGCGUGCGGCUGCUGUGAAGGAACGCGAGGACAGGUUGCGACAGGCGGCGAUGGGCAAGCCGAAGAAGGGUGGGAAGAAAUAA